AUGGAGAACCUCCCGCACGAGCACCUCGUCGAGGUCUUAAAACACCUCCCGCGGUCCUCCCUCCUGGACGUCGCGCAGACGUCCACGACGCUCCUGCGAGCCGUCGAAGACCCGUCGCUCUGGCCGCUCGGCGACGACGGCGGCGACGCGUUCGCCCCCGACCCCGACGGCGGCGGCCCGAGAGGCAUCGCGCGCGCCGCACACCGCGCCCCGCGGUCCGACGGCGUCGUGCGCCUGACGACCGCGCGGUGGAUCGCUUCCACGCUGCGACUGCCGUACCAGCUGCUGCUGCCGCUCGUGCGGUUCGAGGUGAACACGGAGUUCACGCUCAAGGUUGCGACGCACUCCAUCGCGGAUCGCGUCGCGCGCUCGGAGGCGCUCGCGCCGGACGAGGGCGUGGCGGCGACGGCGGUGGCGGCGGCGGCGGAGGCGGCGGAGGACGCGAACGUGAACAUCGCGGGGGAACUCCCCGGCGUGCGCGCGCGCGGCGCGGAGGACGCGUGGUUGAUGUCGUUGUCCACGGACGUCUCCGUCGCCGCCGCCGCGGACGCGUCCGCGGCGGCGAGGGCGGCGGUUGCCAACGUCGAGACCGCGGCGCGUCGUCUCGCGUCCGCGCUCGAACGAGAAGCGCGGCUCGCGCGGGAGAGCGACGUCGCCGCUCGCGAAGAAUACGCGAGCGACGACGACGAGGACGACGAGGACGACGAGGACGGCGUCCGCGCGCGACCGACGCGACGGAGGCGGUGGCGCGCGAUCGCCGCGGCGGCGGAAUCCGUCCGCGCAGAUCGCGGGUGCGUCCGCGUCCGCCUGUCGUCUCCGUUCAUCGUCGCCGCGGCGCUCGUUCGCGACCCAGUCUCGCCCGCGGUGGAGGUCGCGGGGACGACGCCACCGCCGUGGUCCAUGGACGUCCCGAACUCGACCGCGGGUCCCGGGGAGGUGGUCCAGGAUGUCGUCCUGCGGCAGCCGUCGCCGACGACGGCGUGGAGCGCGUUGCGGGCGAGCGUCGUCGGCGAGGCGAUAUGCGCGCUGCGACGUCGGCGGCGCGACGGCGGCGGCGACGACGACGCGACGCGCCAUCAGGGAUGGGGACCCGCCGUCCGCGCGGUGUUGAGCGCGCUCGAGACGGGGAAAGGGAACGACGGCGACGGCGGCGAGGGCGACGCGGACGCGGACGCGGACUCGCCGGCGGCGGCGGCGGCGGCGGCGGGCGCGACGGGCGGCGGGUUCACCGACGCGCGCGCGGGGAUCGCGUGGCCCGCGCUCGUUCGCGAUCCGGACGACCCCGCGCUCGGCGUCGGCGACGCGCGCGACGCGGGCGCGUCCUCCUCGCCCGCGCGAAGACCGCGAGGGUUCGUCGUCGGCGGGUGCAAGUGCGAAGACGCGUUGUCUGACGCGAUCGACGUCGCGCGUCUGCUCAACGGCGGCGGGACCGUCGGGUACGUGAACGACGACGACGGCGCCGCGGUGCUCGCGCUCGCGCUUCUGUCGUACGUCCCGCGCGCGCACGAGUGCGUGCUCGCGUCCGUGCUGCAUCUGAACCACCGAUGGCGGCGGUGCCUGAGCGAAGCCGCGGACGCGUUGUCCCUGCGUCGCGAGCUCUGCGCGUCGUCGUUCCCGGCGGCGGCGGGCGACGACGAAAGUAUGGCCGCGACGACGAGAGGUUUGGAGCGCGUCGGCGAGCUCGACGCGACGCACGCGAUCAUGUUAGAGAUGUGCGGGAUGCGCGCGCGCGAGGCGAGGGACCAGAGAGAACCGUGCCUCGCGGCGUCCGGGGCGACGCGACUCGCCGCCGCCGCGGAGGCGGCGCGCGCGGCGGCGGAGCGAGCGAGAGAGGCGGGGGAGAGCGACGACGCGGUCGAGCGCGCGAGGGAGGGGCUGAUGCUGCGCACGCGCGAUGCGCUGACGCGCGCGCUCGUCGCCGUCGGCGUGCUCGAGGACCUGGAAGGGGACGGAUGA